AUGACGCUUCUCAGUCACUUGAAACGAGUCCAUCGUCACAAUGUUGCGACUCUGCGCCGCUCGCCCACUGCAGAGAUCUCUGGCGCCUUGGGCGAUCUGGGAACCCUCCUUCCCUUGAUGAUCGCCCUUGCUGUUCAAAACUCCAUUUACCUUGACAGUACGUUGGUAUUUUCUGGCAUAUUCAAUGUCGUGACCGGCGCCGUCUUCGGCAUCCCGCUUCCAGUACAGCCGAUGAAGGCUAUUGCUGCAGCCGCCAUCUCAAGGAGUGAAGAUAGUGGCAUCAGAACUGUCAUGGCCGCUGGCCAAUGGGUUAGUCUGGCGGUGCUUCUCAUGAGUAUCACUGGUUUGCUCCGUUGGGUUACUCGAAACGUCCCUGUUCCCGUUGUUAAAGGUAUCCAGCUUGGUGCCGGCCUCUCUCUCGUCAUGGCUGCUGGUUCCAGCUUGCUCCGAGACCUGCACUGGACCCAACCUGUUCUUGAUAACAGGCUAUGGGCCUUGGCUGCCUUUCUUGUGCUCAUUUUCACUCAGGGGCUGCCGCGCUUCCCCUACGCACUGCACAUCUUCGUUUUGUCGCUUGUUUUUGCGUUCAUUUCCAUAUUGACCGCUAACCACCAUGAGCCGCAUAACCUCCCGUGGUUCCACGUUUGGGUACCGCAUCUGCUGCACUGGAACUUUAACUGGUUCAAGUACAAGCCAAUUUCAAUGGCAAUUGGCCAACUACCUCUGACCACACUCAACUCCGUCAUCGCUGUAAGCGCCCUUGCGGCCGACCUGCUUCCUGAUAUGCCCACCCCGACAGUCACAGCCAUGGGUAUGAGUGUGGGCAUUAUGAACUUGGUAGGCACCUGGUUUGGUGCGAUGCCUGUGUGCCACGGCGCUGGUGGACUUGCUGCUCAAUACCGUUUCGGGGCGCGCAGCGGUGCCAGUGUCAUCAUCUUGGGCUUGUUCAAGAUCAUCCUGGGUGUCGUCUUUGGCGGAACUCUUCUCGACUUGCUUUCACACUACCCCAAGAGUCUUCUCGGUGUCAUGGUUAUUGCUGCAGGCCUCGAACUUGCCAAAGUCGGACAUAGCCUGAACCACGGCGCUUCAGAUCUCUGGGAAAGCUCUGCCGGAAACUCGAGUGAGGGAGUCGGCGUUCUUCGGCAGCACCGCUCGCUUUCGGAUGAUGAGAGGUCUGAAAGAUGGACGGUCAUGCUGAUGACCACUGCUGGACUCCUUGCGUUUAGAAACGAUGCCAUCGGUUUUGUUGCUGGCAUGCUGUGCUUCUCGGCCUACCGCAUUUCGGACAGGAUCUCUCGCUGGUGGCAAUCCAGGCGGCCACUUUUUGGCGAGCGAGCGCCCCUUCUGAGUUGA